UUCAUCUGCUCCGGUGAAUCAAAUUCCCGUUCAGAGAGUUGCAGCGCCGCAUCAGCUCUAUUCGAUCCGCGGUCAGAGCAGUGGAUGCGCGAGCGGAGCGGCUGAAGUGAUGAUGGCGGCAGCGCUGGAGAGAGGAGGGCUUCGGGCCGCCUUCCUGAACCCGUCCAGCGGUGGUGGUGGAGCGGCUCCCACUGCAGCGGCGGCGGCGGGCGGAGGAGCGGCGGCUUCAGCGUCCGGCACGGUGCUGUGCGGCUCGGGCUCCAGCUCCAUGCCCGUCCCCAUGAACCUCUUCGCCACCUGGGAGAUCGACCGCUCCUCUCCGAGCUGCGUGCCCCGGCUCUGCAGUCUGACGCUGAAGAAGCUGAUCGUGUUGAAGGAGCUGGAUAAAGACUUGAACUCGGUGCUCAUCGCUGUCAAGAUUCAGGGCUCCAAACGAGUGUUACGAUCUAACGAGUACGUCGUUCCUCCCAGCGGCCUGAUGGAGACGCAGCUGGAGCUCAGCUUCUCUCUGCAGUAUCCUCACUUCCUGAAGAGAGACGCCAACCGCCUACAGAUUAUGCUACAGAGAAGAAAACGCUACAAAAACAGAACGAUUCUGGGCUACAAGACUCUCGCUGUUGGAGUCAUUGACAUGGCGGAGGUGAUGCAGCAUCCAACAGACGGCGGUCAGAUUCUGGCUCUCCAUAGCAACAUGAAGGACGCGCCAGCGCGCGUGGCGGAGAUCAGUGUGUUCUCGCUGUCCAGUCAACCCAUUGACCACGAGUAUGGCAGCGGCCAGACGGGAACCAAGACCAAAGCCUCGGAUCGUUCUCCUGAUAUGGAUAAUUACUCUGAGGAUGAUGAUGACAGUUAUUCAUCAGGGCAGGAGGGCAGUGAUGAUGCUGUACACGGACAGGAUUUGUAUGAUGAAGAUGACGACAUACGAAAGCCAAAAAAACCCAGACGGAAAAUUAUCAGAUCGGUCUCAAUGACACGACAACCCAACUUUAAGCAGAAGUUUGUGGCUUUACUGAAGAGAUUCAAAAUCACAGAUGAGGUUCUGGACUCGGACCCGGUGGAUCAGACGCAGGAGGUGGAGGAGGAUCUGGACCUGCUAUAUGACAGUCUGGAGGUUUAUCAGAGCGACAGCGGCCCAGAGCUGGAGGACAACGAGAGCGUCCUGAGCACCCCGAAACCCAAACUCAAGCCCUUUUUUGAGGGAAUGUCUCACUCCAGUUCUCAAACAGAGAUCGGCAGCAUUCACAGUCACAAUCAACACCGAGACGCAGCGUUUAACACGGGCUGUGACUUCCUGUCAGUGGAGAGGUGUAAGACAGCCGGCUCGCGGCAGCAGGAGGACAGCGGGAUGGACACCAGUGCCGGGGAAGUUGAUGCAGAGCAUCAGGGGAUAGUAAUGGCAGACGUUUCGGAGCCCAGCAGCGAUCGAUUGAACAGCUCCGGUGGAAAACUCUGCAAGACUGAGUCCCAGAAUCACAUGAGUCCCAGCGCUGAAGAUCUGUCCGUGUUUAUGACCUCCAGUAAAGCGGAGAACAGGGUCCCGCGGCGGGCGCGCAGCACGUCCAUGAAGGACAGACAGAACUCCAGAGCCCAGAGCGACCGCACGGCCAGCGUGGACAGCGAGUAUUCGCCCGACAGCCGCUUCGCCGCACAGGUGCCCAGGAAAUCUGUGUAUGACCAGCUCAAUCAGAUCCUGAUCUCAGACGAGAGACUCCCGGAGAACAUCAUCCUCAUCAAUACAGUGGACUGGCAGGGGCAGUAUGUGGCGGAAGUGCUGCAGAAACACGCUCAGCCCAUCGUGUCGACCUGCUCCGCCGCUGACGUCCAGGCCGCAUUUAACACCAUCGUCACACGCAUCCAGAGAUUCUGUAACUGUAACGCUCAGACUCCGCCCACUGUCAAGGUGGGCGUGGCGGGCGAUCAGAGCUACCUCAGCACCGUGCUGCGCUUCUUUGUAGAGCAACUGGCCAAUAAGACGCCUGAUUGGCUGAGCUACAUCCGCUUUCUCAUCAUCCCAAUCGGUUCCCAUCCUCUUGCCAAAUACGUGUCAUCAUUCGACAGUAAAUUCAGCAGUAUGUUCAUGGAGCCGUCGUGGAGGGAGCUGUUCUGCCGGUCAGAGCCUCCGAGCGCAGACUCUGUUGAUGUAGCUGGACGGAUCAUUCAGUAUCUGGCUGGAGCAAAUGUGUCUCAUCAGUUUCCCAUCUCUGAGGCCAUGCUCACCUACAGACAGAAGAGGAAGAGGAGUUUGUAUUUUGAUUUUUACAUCAGUCCGGAUGAAGACUCGUGCCAAAAAUUUGUGCCAUUUAUCGGGGUGGUGAAGGUGGGGAUCGUGGAACACAGUCUGUCCACAUCAGUGGACUCUGAUGAUGCCAUGUGCGGGAAUGCGGGCGUUGUGUCCUCACCCACGCCGCAGUCGGCCAUGCCCUACGGGAAGGAGAUGUAUGGGACUCCGCCCCCUUCGCCCUCGACAUGUGCCGUUUUCACUGGAGUGGGUUCUCCAUGCACAGGUGGAGAGCUGAUGGGGCUUCAGGUGGACUACUGGACGUGGCAGAGCGCAGAGAAGAAGCGUGAGGGCGAGAAGCGUGACGUGGGCUUGAAGAACACGCUGAAGAGCAACUUCCGCUCAUUGCAGGUCAGCCGUCUGCCUAGCGGGGGUGACAUGAGUCCAGCGCACAGCAUGGCCAUGACUGUCGUAACCAAAGAGAAGAACAAGAAAGUAAUUUUUCUCAGUAAGAAGCUGAAGGAGAAGGACGUGGAUUCUAAGAGUCAAGUGAUCGACGGCAUCAGCCGCCUCAUCUGUACGGCCAAACAUCAGCACACCAUGCUCAGAGUCUCGAUCGACGGAGUCGAAUGGAACGACGUGAAGUUCUUCCAGUUGGCCGCCCAGUGGCCGACUCACGUCAAGCACUUCCCCGUCGGCGUCUUCGGCUACAGCAAACCCAUGUGACGUCACGUCUGCUACCCCCUACAGACGUGUGUAAGUGUGUACUGAAGGUCCGUUAGCAGAAAAGCCACCGUGACGAGUUUCCCAUGGAAACUCGACUGUCUCUAGUUCAUUUAUAUCGUUGUGUGUUUUCAGUUGCUGUUUUUUUACACUAUAUAAACAGCACUAGUAAUAUUUUAUAUGAAUACGGGCUGCCAUCAGUCAAAUAUAUUUUUAGGUCAUGAUGAACUGUACGGUGACCGGUGGCAAACGUCAAGCACUUUCUGUUGUUUUUUGCUACUUUAUAAUUUCUGUGAAAUCCUGUGUAGAAUGUUGCAUGAUGGGACGGAUACCGAACAUGCGUGUCAAGAGGUCGUUUUGCUGUGAAUUUAAAUGGAUUUUUUUACCCCAAAUGUAAAAGCUGUUUUGUGUCUUUGUGAUAUUUUGUAGUUACACAGUGAAUUUGAAACUAUACAGUAUACUGAACCUGCCUUUUCAAAGCACACAAACGUUGGACAAAGACGCCACGAGCAGGGUAUUUUACACAACACUUCAACACAUUAGAAGAAUUCCUGGCACUUUACUAAUACUUCUAUGAUGUGUGUAAAUGUUUGAAGAACCUUAUCAUGACUGAUGCUUCCUGUCACAUGACACAAACCGAGCUUAAAGGCCCGUUCACACCAAGUCGAGUCAGCUUUAUUUCUAUAAGCACCGUAAUAAGCAGGAAAAUAACAGAUUCAAACUUCAUCAAAUAUGAGACAAAUUCAAAUUCUGCUGUAAAGCAGCUCUACAGAAGACAAUAGUGUUGAUAUUCAGAUCAAUUCAGUUCUCAUCUGAUCAAUAAUAUUACUAAAUAUUAAUUAAACUGAGAAACUGAGUCCACAUCACAACUAUAACGAUAAUGACACAGAAGAACGACAUCGUUGGAAUUACAUUCAGAGUGAUUUAAUUCUAGCUUAUGAACCAUAAAAACACUGACAGCCAAUCAGAAUCCAUCCUGCUUUAAAGAGCUCGACCAUUCAAAGCGACAGACGUCCGAUGGUGUUUUUGGUGUGAACGUGAACCUUUACAUACGUGUACAUGCGUACAGCAGCAGAUAUGUUUCUGUUGUCCAUCAUACAGGACAAACUCGCUCAUGUUCACCACAGCUGACAUGUAUAACCAGCAUUACUAGUGAAGCUGUGGUCAUGUGAUUAUAGAACUAAACGGCAUAUUUAGUGUGACGUGAAUGAAAGCGAAUGUGUAAUUUUUUGACAAGCCAUAUUUUGCAGUGGGAAUGUGUUUUAUCAGUGUUUCAUAACAGACACUCGCAACCGUCUUGGAUUCACGCUCUGAUUCGGCUCUUCCUGUUAGUGAUUCGUUCUGUCUCGUUCAUGAGCGAGUGACAGGAAUGAUCUGAAACUACAUUGAGUGUCUGUUAUCAGUGUUCAUGUGCCUCAGUCUGAAUCAAUUUCAACACUGGGGAUUUUAGUUUUAUAUCACUUUUCUUCAGUCCUUCACAUUUGAGUCACAUUUCAGUUGCAGAUGAUCUGACAAUCUUGGGAGGAAACGGCCUUCGUUACAUUGCUGAAUUAAUCAGUGUUUUUGUUGUUGGACUGUUGAAUUUGUUUUGUGUUUUGAACGUUCAAUGGUGCUUCUCAUGUGAUUGUUUUACUGGCAUCCCUCAUUUUGAUAUUUUUUGCUUAUGAAUGUAUUCAGAUGGUAUUCAGAUGUUCUCAAUACUGACUUUAGUGCAGUACCUUCUGUUUUUACUCCCAAAAUGACCACUAAAAAUGCCAAAACAAAGAUUCCAGCUCAUAAGAGCUGCUUAAUCAACACUAUAUUCACAUGCAGUGUUUGCACUUUUACUACAGUAAACAAAGUUCUGAAGACAUGAGCACAUUGUUCAGCCAAAAAUGAUCAUUCUGUCAUCAUUUAUUCACCCUCAUGUGGUUAAAAAAUAUGAAUGACUUCUAUAAUGAAACACAAAAGCAGACAUUUUAAGAAAUGUGUUUUUUUGUCCAUAUAAUGAAAGUCAAUGGUUCCCAAUGUUGUUCUUUAGUGUUUCACAGGAGAAAUAGUCUAAGAGGUUUGGGUAAUCUGAGUAAAUGAUGACAGAACAAUGAUUUUUGGGUGAAUUAUUGCUUUAAGAACCACUAUGAACUCUUUACACAGUUGAGUUUACAUCAUUUCCUGAAGGGAUUCUGUGUACGUCUGUAAGACGUAACACUUCUCAAAGUGUCUCGUCAUUUGUGUUUUUUCCCGUUUGAAUGUCGUAUUAUCAGAUCACGUCUCGCAUCACUCCAGAACUCUACAGCACUAACUGAUGGGACAUGAAUAAUGACUGCGUUUCAUACAGUAUACGAGACGCUGACUGCAGCACCUUUGCACAAGACCUCAUUUUUAAAUGAUAUUACAGACUUUUUAAUGUUACAGAAAACAUGAUUUUAUCUUUGCAUGUUUUACAUUUGGAGUAUGAAAUGUCAUUUUAUAACGCUGCUUCUUUCCAUGCUUACACAUGCAGUUGUGUUUAAUAAAGCGUUUUUAACCACACAA